CUCAUCGCCAAUUUCAAUUGGAAGGCGGCGGCUGUGACACCAAGGCGCGACACUCGACGGUGACAGUCAACGAAAAGAGAGGGGCAGACACUGCACCAUCGAUAGAGGCAUCUCGUCAAGCACAUCGCGGGGGGCUGGUGGCUUUUGCAAAGAAGGCGAGGCUGACUUGGUCAAGCCCGCACACCGUGCAAGAUGGGGCAGGAACAAUCUGUGAAUAUGAGCGAUGUCAUUUUCAAUCUGAAGAUGACGCAAAAGCAGCUGGAGCGACAGUCAAAAAAGUCGGAAAAGGACAUGGAAAAGAGCAAGCGCAAGGUGAAGGAUUAUCUCGAAAAGGGCAAUCAAGACGCAGCCCGAGUCAUGGCUGAGAGUGCCAUCCGACAAAAGUCCGAGGCCACCAAUUACCUGCGCAUGUCCUCUCGCAUUGAUGCCACAGUUUCAAGACUCAACAGUGCCAUGUCCAUGAAACAGGUCUCACAGCAAAUGGGCAGUGUUGUCAAAGGCAUGGACAAGGCAAUGGCUUCUAUGGACCUUGAAAAGGCAAGUGGUCGUGCCCUGGCUGCUGUUAUGGACAAAUUCGAGUCACAGUUUGAGGAGUUGGACGUGCGCACGGGUGUCAUGGAUAAUGCCAUGUCUUCGGCUUUUGCCUCCUCGGCGCCUGAAGACCAGAUUGAUAACCUCUUGCAACAGGUGGCAGAUGAAAGCAACAUGGACCUGGCCGCUGCUUUUGCCCCUGCUGGUCGACAAGCAGUGCCUGAUCAAGCCCAAGCUGAUCCCAGUCAGGCUGAGCAGGAUGAGCUGAGCCAGCGCCUCGCCGCCCUCCGGUCUUGAAAUGCCCUUGAAGGGCCGAGUUGCAAAGCGUUCUAUUGUGCUCUC